AUGGCUCCGCUGCCCGGGGUGCACCCAGGCGUCCUGCCGCGCAGCUUGGGAGAGGACCCUGUGCUGUCGGCUUUGCAGCGCUAUCGUGAAGCGGCAGGCAGCACCUUCCACCCUCUCAGCGAGGUCGAAGAACCAGAUGAGCAGGCUCCGUUUGAUGACCUGGCAACGCAGAGGUUUGCUGUCCGCUCCAGUCCAUCCGCCAGCUCGACUUCCAACGGCAGUCCCAAGUGUGGCCUUCGUCCUCCUGUACUGCCGUCCGAGUUCCACGUCCUGGAGGAGGACGUCCGCCAAGCGAUCUGCGGUUUCGGAGCCCACGGUGACUGGCGAGAUGUGUUGCCAACCUGGCUGAGCUGGAUGAAUCCAUGGUUGGAGCCCACGGCGCCUGACCUUUGUGGCGGGCUUCCUAAAGGGCCGAGCGGGCACUUUGCCAGCGGAGGCAGUAUGACAAUGGUCGAAAGUCCAAGAUUCGCCAAAGAGGCAGAAGAGCGCAUCACCUCUGAACUUGUGACGUCUUCCUCAUCAGGCAUCGGUAUCAAACAUGCGGGACUACCUUCGCCACCGACUUCACAGGUGACCAAAGAUGGGUUGACCCGGCCGCGUGUUCGCAGAGCCUUGGAGGCCAUCCGCGAGCUUCCUGAUGGCUUACGAUCGAGCGUCUUUGACGACCUGGUGAUUCCGGAAGGAGUCGAACAAGUUGUGCUUGGGCCUUUGCCAGACUGUGCGGAGGAAGGGCUCGAGAUUGGGGAAGCCUUUGCUGACUAUUCGGAGGGUUGGGGCUUGGGCAAGGUCUGUCAAGGCCGAGUCGGGGAGACCGCGGCGCUCGUGGUGCAGCUGCGCCUGCCGAAGCCCUUGAACAGUGGGCAGCUGCGGCGGCUAGGUGCACUGCUCCGGCGAGGGGCCGUCGAAGCAUCUCCCCGCUCUGAUUUGGUUCGACCCAUCGGGGCGGUGAUGCCUGGUGAUGGCUCAGCCGGUGUUUGGAUCGCUUGGGAGCGGCCUGGAGGAAGCUGCAGCACCAUUUCGCCACUGCCCAUCGACCUGAAACAGGAACCCACGCGUGGCCUCUCCUGGCGCCUCUCUGUCGCACGGCAACUCUGCCUCGCGGUGGAUGCUCUGCACAGGUCGGGAAAAGUCCACGGAAGCUUAUCCCCGCGAAACGUCUUGGUUGCGACCACGGGCGACGUGUCCAUUCUAGAAGCAGGGCUCGUGGACGCGCUGCUGGAGGUGGAUGCCUUGCGUGAGCACGACCUCCUGGGCGCCUUAGGCUUGCAGUUCGCCCGCUACACUGCCCCUGAGGGAUGGCAUGUCCCUCGCAGCGGUGGAUCGGCAGCCGACAUCUUCGCCCUGGGCCUCAUCCUGCUUGAGGUCAUGGAAUGCUGUGGACAGCCCAAUCCAGAGUGCAAAAGUCUCCAGCAGCUGAGCGCCAAGAUGCUGCCCAAAAGGGGCCAUUGGCAGCCGCAGGUGAAGUCCCGCACUUUCUACGAUGAGCUGCCAUCGGCAACAAGAAACACAAUCGAGCUGUGUUUCCAUGCUGAUCCCAGCAAGCGGCCUUCUGCACAGGAGCUGCUGUUUGGCUUGGCCGCUCCACCAGAGUCUGAAGAGCAACUUCCCGUGAGUUUUCUGGAGUUCAAGAACUUGCUGUACGGCUCUGACGCGUCUGAUGGACUCAAGUCGGGAUCCACGGCGAUCUCAGGCUCAAGUGGGAAGUCUCAGCAGGACUUGGACGCAGUGAAUGCGGAAGUGGCAGAGGAGCAAGCAGCGAUUCCUUUGGUGAAGCCCCCGAGGCACAUGUCCUGGCCCUCCGGGCCACGGCCCGAGCUUCGGGAGAGCCCUUCACUUCCGGGAGACCGCGGCCACGUCCCAGAAAGCGAGAAGUCGUCUGAGAAGUCGGAGACCUCCAAGCAGAGACUUCAGCGCCCCUCUCGGGCCUUCAGCGCAGAUGAUGCCUCUUCCGACUGCCUGCCGCUGAAGCCCCCUUUGCCUCCACCUCCACCGCAGCUCUGCGAGCAGCAGGCAAAGGCAAAGGUGCGACCGAAUCCUCUGGACGAUGUCACUGUGCCAUCUGAGCCUGGCCCAGUGCUAUCUCCGCUCUCUCCGGGGCCCCCGCCCCCGCCGCCACCGCCGCUGCCACGAGAGAAAGCCCAAAUUUCAGGGCCGGAGGCCAGCCCGCCACCGUCAUGCAGCGCACCCUCCCGAAAGUCCCGACCACCGUCUCCGCCGCGCCAGAUGCCUGAAACGAGGCCAGAAGAAGCCUUACAGGUGCCAUGUCGCAGAUGGGAUAUGUCUCCACCGCCUCCUGAACCACCAAGGCCUUCACAAGCAAUGCCAAUUGAAGCAACGCCAAUGACGCUGUGGCAAAUGCCCGUCCUGUACACACCCCGCCCACUCAAUGUUGGGCCAAUGACGAAGGUGUGA